CUCAGUUUUGGAUUCAACUAGCUGCUUUGCAUGUGUUAUCUGCAAGAUUAAAUCGCCCCAUGUCUUCGAGCCAUGCAGAGCAAACUCGUCAUGAUGGUCAUGCAGAGGUCCUGAACGAGGACACGGCCGGCGCACAAUCUUCAGCACAUCCAGCAAGGCGUGACGACGCUGAGCACGGAAGGCAUGACGACACGGGCACUGCGGCAAUUUUGGUGUCUGGAUCCUUGACGCCCCGGCGACAGACCACGAUCAUACCAGUUUUGGAUUCACCUACAUUGCAAAGCUUCAAUACUGUCGAUCUUUGUUCGCCUUCUCCGAUGUCCAAGAAAAGACGGACAGGUGACCUGGCCAGUGAAGCAGACUCUUUGUCUCCUCCCCGCGGCGACGAGUCUCCGCAUCACUUGAGGAGCAAACUUGAAGCUUGGUGGGAGAACAGUCUUCCUGGGUGGCGUCAGCUCCCUCAGCCAGUGGUUGAAAGUUCCACAGCCCCAUCUGUGGAUGUGCAGCCCGGCGUUGCUAUGCCGAGCUUGGUGUCUUCUUCGAGUACCACGACUUCUAUGCCUAUGCCUUCCACGCAUGUUCCUGACGGGCCGUCUUCAAGCACCCCGACUUCUGCGCCGGUGCUCUCUCCACGCGUGCGCGUGCGAAGCGCUGGCUCCUCGAGUGGCACUGCUGCGGCGCAGGUUGAUGAGUGGCAUCUGAAGCCAACGAAAUAUGGAAGGUGUGAACAGUGUGGCUACGCGCUCAGGCAGAAGAUCUGGCACAGUGGCACGCGGGCAGGACACGCCGUUUUGAUCUGUAGCCGCUGGUUUGAGAAGGAUGACAGCGGACGAAGGCUUUGCUGGUUUUCCCGCGAAGUUUCCGGCGAGACAGUUCGUGCGUGGGGCAAGUGGUGGGCCAACACGUACUUUAGUUUACCGAUGCGCUUGCGUCGAGGGGGCCGUCCUUGAAGGAAUGGUCUUCUCUUUACGCACACAAGCACAAAGCAAUCUACUCAGAUCGUUCUCCGAGCAGAGACUCGUGACGCAGAGAUUGUUGCAAAAGACGGCCCUGCUCCUUCCUCACGUGCUCUGAUGUUCCCAGUCGAUGACAAUCUUGCUGAUUGACUUCAGUCCAAGAGGUGUUCCUGACUGUGUGAGAUUUUGGACCAAGUGUAGAGCACACAUGCGUGUCAAUGGCCACAGAGAUGCUUCGAAAAAAGAAGAACCUGUCAAUGCAAGGUCAGUUUUGAUGGGAAUAUGUGGACACAGAAUUUUUUC